UCGUCCGGGCACCAGUUUGCUCUGCAAGCACCGAAAGGUGGCGAGAUUUUCCCCAUCACACACUCUUACUGUCAAACACACACGUUCAACGAGAGAAUCGGGACGCAUUCAAACGUACCAGGACUAUGGACCUGAGCCUGCGAGAUGCUCUGGGUGGGGGUGGUGGUGGGGUCCAAGGUGGGGCCCCUGGUGAGGCCCUGCUGAAGAGAGACUUUGUGGCUUCACUGGAGAAAGAGAGCUACGAUGACAAGGUUGGGGAGACAGUCUCCAAGAGUGACUACCGACCCUUACUGGAUGGAAAGGACACCAAGACUGGUCCAGGGAUGAUGCCAUCAAUGAUGUCAUCAGGUGGACGCCAAGACCCACCAGGACAGCCUGCCUUCAGCUCUGACUACCUGUCUGGUCCUAUGGGUGGGAUGGCAGAUCAGUGGAGCCUGAACAAGACAAAGGACAGCAGCAAGCGUGACACAUUUAUAGGCUUUUCUCAAUCUGGGAUGGGAGGGACCAUGGGGUCCAGCAUGUCACCUUUCCAGACCAGUAUGAGCUCUACUUUUGGCCAGACCGGGAUGAAUCCAGCCAUGGACGCCCAGAAGAGUUCAAGCCUUUUUGGUGUGGAAAGCAAAACCACCAGUGGGAGCAGUCCCUUUAAAACCAGUGAUCCGUUUUCUUCCGGUGGCACAGGAAUCCAUUCUAUGGAUCACUCUGCAGCUCCCAUCCUCUCUCCCAGCGGGUCAGUGGAUGACAGCAGCGCUACGUCCUCCAACUCUGAACCCCUCAGCCCUGAGAGAGUAGGACCGGGGGGCGAAGCUGGGAAGCAGCAGCAGCGGCGACGGAAGAAGAAGAGGAAGGGCCGUGACGAAGUCUACAACUUCUUGGAUAGCCAGGAGAAUAACAUCAGCCAAUCAGACAAGCAUGGGAUGCAGGAUAAAGGCAGAAGGGAGGCGGAGGAGGACGAAGAUGAGGAGGAGAACUGGGAGUGGGAGAUCAGAGAGAGUGGAGGAGGGGGUAGGGUAAAAGGCAGGAAGACUAAGAGUCGGGCAAGACUUCCAGAGGAGUGGGGGGCUCCACAGCAGCCCGUGUCUCCCACGCCAGCCUCAAUUGCCCCUAAGUGGGCCACAGGUGCUGAUACUGGUUCUAGUGACCCCAAAGCUCCAAACUCUGUCCCCAGCCCUGCUUUACCCUCUGCCCCUGAACAAAUACCCGCAAGCUUUACCAACUGUUCCCAUGUUAGCCAAGUAUCAGAUUUGUCUUCACGCUCCUAUGAGCCUAUGUGUUUAGAUGAUUUUUCUGUGUCCGUUAAAAAUGGGCAAAAAGCAAAUGAAGAGAAAGUUUCAGCCAAACCUGGAAACAGUAUUAGCUCAGCAGCUAGUACAGUCACCAAGAAUGGUUUAACUGGGGAUGUCAGCGGCAGCCUAGCUCUAAUGACAGGGGACAAUCUAAGCCCUGUCUCCCAGACCUUCUCUUUCCUUGAUUCAGUUCUCCAGACCCCUCCGGGUUCCACUCCUGACUCCCAGACAACCACCCCCAUCACCAACACACCCUCCCUUGCCACUGCUUCCCUCACAAAAUCCGCCCCACUAGAAACCACCAUCUUUGCUUCGCAAACCUCUUCUGAUUUCAACCCUUUUAAGAGCACUUCAGACCUUCCCCCCACUUCCACUGUGUCCACCAAUCUAUCACCUUUAACUUCAGCAGAAACCUACCCUGCAACAACUGUAGGUGGAUCAACCCUCAACAUCGAUGCCAAGUCUUUCAUCCCCUCAGCCACACUAAUGUCCUCCACAGCCACCCCCAUUAUUUCUGAGGCCACUCCUGUUGUUAAAACAGCAGCAGCGGUCUCCACGGGAAGCACUGGUCCUGCAUCCAGUACCACCACAGCCACACCCCUUAGUUCUUCAGCUACUUCCUCUAAGAAAGAAGCCACCCCUACAUCAUCAUCAGACACUCCCCCCAACAGUGUAGCAGUGUCCCUUAGCUCAGCCACACCCCCUCCUUCCAUCACCCAAGCAGCCCCUCCCUCUCUCCCUGCACACUCAGACCACCAGGAGUCCUCGUCGCCACAGCUUCCCCCAUUGGAAGUUAAAUCUGACAACAAGGACAAGCAGGAGAAGACGUGCAUUAUGUCUGGCAAAACAGACAAGAUUGACAAGUUUGACAAGAAGGAAGAGCAGCAGAAGGACAACGGCCCGGACAAGAACCAGAAGUCUGAGAAGAUAAUCAAAAAUGAGAAGAUAGAGAUGAUGAACACUGAGAAAAACAACAAGGCCAAUGAGAAGGCGGAGAAGGUGGACAAACCGGAGAAGACCAACAAAGAUGAGAAGAAGGAAGAAGAGAAGAAGCCGGCUGAAAAGAAGGAAGACAAAGGAGGGAAAGUCACGGCCAAGUCUCCUACAGGGAAUGGCAGCAAGACUCUGCCAGGCGCUGACAGCAAGUGCAAGCCUGAUGCAGGUUCCACCAAACCAGAUUCUGCCAAAUCACGCCCAUCCACUCUCUCCACAAACGGCGAGGCCAACUCGGCCAAACGCCCCUCCCCUACCACUGCUUUAGCCAAUAAAAAAAGCCCUGUGCCCAAGGCAACUACACCUACUGCUGCCAAGCGGCCGCCAACAGCAGCUGGCUCUACCAAGGCUGCCAAGACUCCUGAAAACGGGGAAAAACGUGCACCUGUGCCAAAGGCCACGCCCACUCCUCGUACAACUGCCAGUAAGAAUGGCUCCUCUGCAACUGCUGCAACCAAAACUGCAGCUAAGAAUGACAAGACUGAGAACAAGACCGGUGAGGCCAAGAAACCCAAGACUACACCCCGUCCUCGCCCAGUCUCAACUGCCACUCCUGCUACCCCAGCUGCUUCCACCAACGGAGAAGCUAAUACCACUCACCGCCGUCGGGUCAUUACCAAACCCCCUGUGCCCAAGCAGACACCCAUGGAUAAGAAGCCAGCUGCUCCCCGUGUUCCCCGGACCCCGCGACCCAUCAACGCACCAACACCAGACCUGAAGAACGUCCGUUCCAAGAUUGGUUCUAUUGACAACAUCAAGUACCAGCCUGGUGGAGGAAAGGUCUCCUCCACCCCGAACAACAAGACAUCAGAUCCCUCCACCCCUGCUGCCAAGGCCAGAGUUCAGAUAGUGCACAAAAAGCUGGACUUCAGCCACGUCACUUCUCGCUGUGGCUCCAAGGACAAUAUCAAACAUGUCCCUGGAGGUGGCAAUGUGCAGAUCCUGAAUAAGAAGGUUGAUGUGAGCAAGGUGACGUCCAAAUGUGGCUCCAAGGACAACAUCAAACACAAGCCAGGUGGUGGUGACGUGAAGAUUGAGUCCCAUAAGCUAAACAUUAAGGCUAAGUCUAAGAUUGGAUCUAUGGACAAUGUGGGGCCAGGAAAUGGACAGACCAAUGGACACAAGGAGGAGAAAACUGAGGAGAAAACCUCUUCACCCCCGACUGGCACUCAGACAACAGGACCAGCAGCCACUGCUAAGGCUACAGCACCAGGAGGUGUUGCUAAGGAGAAUGGCAUGAAGGAGCCCACAACCUCUCCUUUUGGCGGAGAUGGACUGAGAGAGCCCCUCAGCGCAGACAAACGCAUCACUGAGACGAACUGAGUCCCAGUGACCUGCGGAUUUUGGUCGGACACGCAUGGCGCUCACUGACCUGCCAAUCAACUGAUCAACCAACCUACCACGGCGCAGUCACUUUCCCGCCCUUCAUCUUGCCCACCGCAGCACCGAACUGACCGAUCGCCUCUCAGUGUUUCUCUGGGAUCCGCCUGCCAGCUUCCUGCAACCAACUCUGACCUUUGGCCCCUCGUCACCCUUGGGUUGCCCUUUGGCCCUACCUACCAGAGAGAAAAGUAUUUACUGUUUGUCCAUGUUUCUCUGUGUGGGUUUCCACCAGCUUCUCCACUGUUACCAUUUCCUUGUAAGCACUGACUAAGGUCAUUCCAACUUUAAAGCCCAAAUGUAACAACCCCUAAGCAAUAAUUCCACAAUCAUUCAGUGCUCUAUUAAGUCUCUUGACCAUAGCCACGUUUUCUCAUAGAACGUUCAACCUUCGAGUUGAAACAGUUGCCUCAGAUCGCAGUAAUUCUGCUUUGUUCUGGUCCCUCUGGCAGGCUUUGACAUUUAAAAACCAACACAAAAACCACCAUUCACAGCCCAUCAGAUGUCUCAUUAUAGUUCAUUCAACAGUUCAUCACACAUCACUUCUCUUGGUAUCAGUUCACCAGUUUGUCUCCUCACAGUAACCAUUCCUGGAAUUUUAAUAUUAUAAUCCUCACAGUUAGUAGUGAUAGCUGCAAGGAGCACAAAAUGAAUCUGUUCUUGAGUGGGUAUGGAUAGAGAAGUGUGGAAACAAAACUAAAGAUGGAUUUUAAAACCAGGAAGAUGGAUUUAAUACAAUUUCAGUCAUUCAGUGAUGUGAUUUAGGAGAAGGCGGUGGGGGGGGCACGCAGGAGCUCUGCUUAUACUGUAGGUGGUUUUGGCUCAAAAAGGAUUUGGCACUAAAAACAGGUAUUUGAUCUCAGAGCCAAAUGUUUUUAAAGUUAAGAUCUCCCGAAUUGACCUUGAAGGAGUGAAUACGGAUUCAGGCUGAAGGAAGGAUGUUGAGGAGGGUGGUGUCGAACCUUGGAGUUAAAUCGCCGGCUGUUGUAGCUUUCAGUCACAGAACGCGACAGGAUCCGUGCACUGUAUAAUGUAUGUAGCACUUAUCGUGGACAGUGUCGAUCACAGUGUCACCGGCUGCUUUAUAACCGUUCAGUCACACCAGCACAUUAAAUGCCUGCAUUUCAGCGCAAAAUCAUUGUAGUGUAGACCUGUGGAAUUGUUAUGCUCUGUGGUUGGCAUGUGUUUACAGGCCAGAGGGUUUGCAAAAUGUUCACUCCUGGUUCCUUGGCGAAUUUUCACCAGUGCUGAAAGGACAGAGCCAGAGUUUCCAGUUGAGGGAGCUACAGUAGUUAACCAGCUGCUUUUCAACAUCAUAUCUUAUUUGACCCCGGUGUGUUAGCAGGUGAUUGAAGUUAUAGGGCACAAUCGCUGGCACAAUACAAAAAAAAUGUAGAAGCUCAGAGAGCUGUUGUGAUGACUAACACUAGCAUGUUUGCUGCUUGCUAUUAAUCCAAGCUACCUACAGUAUUCAAUCAUUUAAAUAUUUGUUAAUAUAUCAGGAUAUACUAACAAACAUUAAUAUAUUUGCUGAUGUCUUAUAAGUUUAACCUACUUUAGGAAAAUGAGUAUGAUUCUGUUUCACUCUCUGUUACUUACUGUUCACAUUCUCACUGCAGGCACUUUGUUUUGGGAUGAUGAAGGUAUUAAAAUAAUAGAUUAAUCACCUUUUUUUGGGGGGGGGGGUUACAACACUGACAGCAAGCCUUCACACGCGCUCACAUGCACCCCUCGUGAGCGACCCCAGCAGUCACCCUGAGCUGUGCCAACUAUUUCUGGUUUUUAGACACAGACAUUCCUCAUCCUGCGCUUACGUGGCACCUCCUGGUCAUGUGACUGAUCCCAGUGAGAGGAGUUGGGGCACCAGAGCCACAACCACUUGUUAAAUCCUCCCCCCUGCCGGUGCUUCGUAGAUCCCACUACAUCAAACCUGCUAACUUUAGUCACACACACACAGACAUAAGCACAGACUGGUACAGGAAAGCACACAUAUGCUUGCAGGUGUGCGUGCACACACACACACAAAGACACAAAGCAGCACCCAAAAAAAAUAAAGGAAGUGUGCUGAUCACAAAAGCAUUUCUCUGUUCUGGAAUAGAAGCAACUUUUUAUUGUUUUGGGGUUUUUUUGUUUUUUUUUUGGUGGUCUAUGCUGAUAUUGUUCAAAUAGUGCUGAGCUGUGUUCCUGUGGUGUUCCUAUUAUACCAUUUUCAUCAUGGUCUCGCCUCAUUGCACCUCCUUCUCAUCCGUCACCUCUUCCUGUGUCUCACUCCAGUUCUCUGACAGCAAUACAGUGACGUUAGUAGGGAAGGUCCUCCGGUUACCUGCGCAUACACAGGGCAUACAGACAGAGAUCAACAGACAACCACUGAAUGUUAUCCAGCACUUAGGAGAGGAGCCAGUUCACUCAAUGGGAAUGAUGCAUUCAUGGCAAACUUAAUGGUGGAAUUUUCUUUGUAACUUUGUAGUGAUUUACUUAUACUAGACUCUGUCUAGUAGAUUGAACUUACUGAGAGCUACUAUUUAGCCACUGGUUGUGACUACCCACAGUAGCAGAUGAGUAGAUGUCUUCUCUGGCAUAUAGUUUACCCUAUGUCAGGAGUGUAAAUAGAAGGAGAUGAAUAGUUGGUUUCUUUUAAUGCUUCAGUGUAGUGUGAUGGUUUUUUUCUUGUUUUUUAUUUGUUUGUUUUGUACAGUAUAUCACCGGAUAUACAAAAAAAAAAAACCUCUGGUAAAAACAAAAAAAAAAAAAAACAUUUAAAGUAGACUGGACAGCGGGAACUGCCCAUUUCCAAAAUGCCAUGAAUGCAGCAGUAUUUCAGUCAGGCACGUCUGAGAGCGGCCUGCAGAUACUAUAGUGGAGGCCCACUGAGUUGAGUCUGAAGUCAGCGAAUUGGUUUUCAUAAAGUCUACAUUUUAAGCUAUAAAAAUAUUUAAGGGGUCACAGUACAUAAAAAUAAUAAUCUAAUCACUUAAUGCUUUAUAGGAAAUAAUCUACUGAAAGCCAAGUGUGUUCAUUUUCCAGGGUUAAGUUUUUCAAGUGACUCACAGUGAAAUACAGAUUCCAGAUGCUGUGUGUUAUCUUAAGUUCAGUCUUUCAUUCAUUUCAGAUUCCAAUAAGCCAACACUGUGAUGUGACUUUGAUUUGCACACCAAAAGCAUUUUUCUGUAUCAACCCAGUAAUACGAGCGGGCCCCCGUGUGCUCGCUGUGCAUUAAGAGGCUGGGAUGGUCUCUGCUGAAAACACUGAGGGAUUAGUGACAUGUCUGUGGUGUGCUCCCAUAGUUGUCAGAUGUGUGAAGUGUUACUACUGCAUCCAUCCUGUAGAGAGCGCUGCUUAGCCUCUAGAACACUGAUAGUCUGGCUCUUAACAAAGACUGAGAAAGCUUACAUCACCAUUAGAGACGCUGCAGACGACUUCCAUUCUGUCCUCAUUUAAGCUACCGCUAUAUUAUUGUGUCUGGAACACUAAAUACUAUCAUUAUCAUACAAGUUAUGUAUGUUCCCCUAAAAACUCAAAAGUCUUGUGCUCUCUGAACACAGUCUUGUUCAUUUCUUGAUGCACUUAAGUGAUAUUAAAGUUGCUUUACUGUAUAUUGGUAAACAUUGUCAGCUGUGUACUGUACAUGUGUGCUUCUGGGAACAAAGCAGUUUUGGUAGCUAGAUGAAGUUAUAAUACUCAAAGAGCAAGUGAUCAAAUACUCAAGACAACAACAAGCGUCAUAUAAGCAUAUUCAGUAUUGUGUUGUUCCCUCCAAGUCAUUCCCACGCAUUGCCCAAAAGUAACACAUGUCACAUGACAUAUGCGUGGGUCAUAUGUGAAAUUAAUAAUGUGAACCUUUCUUCGGGAGCAGAAGAACAAAAGUAUGAAAGCACUUUGGAUUGUGUACAUAAAGAGAGAAGCGAGGUGUAGCUCCAUGCGUGACCGUGUGGCGGGAUGAGCUGAUGUUGUGUGUCUGGAUCUGGAUUUUAGUGGUAUUGUGCUGUUGGCUGUGAUGAGUCUGCCCUCAUGGUGUUCCUGUUGGCAUUCACUGGUUCUCAUUUUCUGGCCGAGCUACAAAGUAACAUUCUCCAAGCAGUCAGUUAAAGGGCCUUGCUGAACUUUGGAGGAGCCAGUGGUCACUGUUUGGUGCAUGCUGAUUCUGUUAGGUUGUUGUAUAUGGCAGCUGAUAAAUGAUGAAAGAUUAAGAAGCAGGCAUGUUGGUACAUAAUAUGUCUUUAUCUCAAAACUGAAGAUGUUUCAUUAUGAGAUUUUUAGAGCUCAAGUAUCCUUAUCAGACUCAAAAAUCCAAUAUUGCUCAUGCAAUCUACUUUAAAAAACUGUGUGCUAUCAAGCAGAUAUUAUAUGAUUAUGAUUCCAGUCUUUGGAUAUUCAAUAGGGAAACCAAAGGACCCCUUAUGAUAAUAAAGGUUUAAUAUAACCCCGAGAAUAUGAUGAAAAUUUACAUUAUUAUUGCUCAGUAUUUACUCCAGUCAUCAGGAGUAUGAUGAAGUUAAUGUUGCUUUGCAGCUUGGACAGAAAGUUAGAGUCAGAGUCCCUCUGAUGUCUGUUUGAAUUCCCAGUCAUUGCGCUUGAAUACCACCCUUCCACUAGUAUCUCACACUGUCCCUUGUAUAUAGAGACCCUCAAGUUUUUAUCACUCCAGAGUAACUCGGAUUAGUUAAAAUCAAACAAAAAAAAAAAAAAAAACUUACUUCUUAACAGGGUGUCGUGGAUGUUGACAGAUGAGCGUUUACGUUCAUAAACCUAGUUAGUGUUAAGGUUCGUUCUGGUAAGACUGAAAGCAUAAGAAAGGAAAAGUGUACUUUAUUUUUUUUCAGAGUCUGCCUUUUUUCCACCAAGAAAAGGGCUGCUGAAGUUUCAAGAAUGUUUUAAAAAUGUAUUAAAGAUGCAAGAUUAUGAAUACAUGUAUGAGGUUUGUCUCUGUUCUGUUUUUUGGAAGAUAGAUCACAUAUGGAAAACACUGUUUACCAGAUUCAAACUGAUGGGCAGGAAGAGAGCCAGUGUGUGUCCACUUGGGUACGAUCUGAUGAAAACACGAGGCCAUGCCUCAGAAUUGGCAACAUUUGGUGUGAACUGCACUGACACACACUGGUGAGCCCUUCUGCCUACCACCACCCCCCUGUCAGACUAACAGUAACCAGAACUAGUCUUUUGGCAUGUGGUAGGAAGUAAUGUCCUUUAUUCAGCAGCUCCUGUUUAGACACCUUGACAUAUCUACCAACACGGGACUGAAUUAAGGCAAGUCUUGGACCAAAUUAUCUUCUCACUGUCAAUAACAAAAGUAAUGGACCAUUCUGGACCUGUUUGUGCUAUAAACAAAAAGUGCUUCUGAUCCCAAGCGAAGUCUGAACCACUUCAUAAAGUAGUGUUGGUAGAUAUGAAUCUGGAGCCCCUAACCACAUCUCCCACCUGCAGUGGCUCAUCGGCACCACAGCACUGAAAAGCAGCUGAUUUUACCUUUGUCCCUUACCAUAUAUACAGCAACUACCAAUUAAACCAGUAUUGCAGCUGUUUAAAUGUCAAGUGGAGUGGAAAAUUAUAAGUGUGUGCAUUGUAUUCUGGUCUUCUGCUUUCCCUUACUCAACCUGAGAGGCAGCAGGCAAAAGAAGCUACUUUUCAGCACUGUAGAAUAAAUCCACUGUAGAGUGUGUGUGUGUGUGUGUGUGUGCUGUAUUACUCUGUAGGGCGCAACACCAUAGCAAGAGCAUGCAGAAGACAACAAACCAACUGCUGGUUGUUAGAGGCAUCUGUCCUAUUAGAUAGAGCUCAUCUCCCCUUCCAAUUCUGAAUAUUUGGUAUGAAAGAGAUGUUCAUUGUGAUUAAUUGUUAACUAGUGAUGUGAAUAUUAAUCAUGAAAUAAAAAGAUGAGCAAAAACUUCA